ACCGAUUAGUACACAAAUCACAAAAAGAAGUCAGCAGCCAAGAAAAAUUCUUAGAAAUGGAGUCUCCGCCGAUGUUCAAUAGUGUGGAAGAUGAGUGCAGAUAUUGGAAGGAACGAUCCAAGCAGUACCACAAAGAAUGGACAGACGUGAAACAGGAGUACGACGAGUUCGUGGAGCAGUCCCACGAAAUGGAAAUAGAAAUGGACGCCACUCUGGACCAGAAGCAGAGUAUAAUCAAAGAUCUCACAGCCAAACUCACUAUGUUUGAGCGGGAAAACGAGUCUCUCAAGGUCAAGUUGGACUCGCAUGGUAUCGAAAUGUCAAACAUGGAGAAGCAGCUGGAAACGGUGAAGAAGGAUCGCGACACCAUGAAGGUGCACCUGCGGCAGCUGGAGCAGAAAAAUGACGAUUUGGAGCGUGCCCAUCGCAUACUCAACGAAAGCAUAGAGAAUUUCGAGAAAAUGCUGGAUCAGGCCUACGAGAAGAACGCCCUUCUAGAGCUGGAAGUGGAUGAAAAGGGAUUGCUGCAGGAGAAACUGCAGCGGUUGAUGGAUGAGACGAGAGAUCUCAAACAAGAGCUGAACGUCAAGUCACGCUUUACCCCAGUGGUCAAUGGAACGAGCAUUCCCACGGCAAACGACACAAAUACGGUCAACAGCUCGAUGAACUCGUCCGCCUCGCUGCCAAAUGGUAUUGUGGCCAACGGCGAUUUGGUAAACCACGACAAUACUGUCGCCACAAGAGCCACCAGCGUCAGCGUGAACGCCCUCAAUGGCAGUUUAGUUAAUAGAAACGAAUAUAACCAGCAGCAUUCGCUUAAAAAUCCCGAGAACCAAAUCAAUGGCAAUUCCAUGAACCCCAGCUCCCGCACAACGGCGCUCAACAUUGUGGCCGACAUGUUAAGAAAACUAAACGCCAUGGAGACGAAACUGAAGACGUACCGCGAGAAUGGCCAGCCCAUGCCGCAGCGCCACCGCUCCUCCCAGCAGUCUACACAUCCGGCGCUGGCCGGACUGCCUUGUCUCUCGCUGGAUACCGAGUAGUGUGGAUUGCGGCCUUGGCGUGAUCCUCAAACCCAAACCCAAACCCAAGCACCCAGGGCGGGAUACUGUUCAGUUGGCUUUACGUUUACGUUUACGUUACGUUACUUUAAUGUUACUGUUAGCAUUAAUUUAGCUUCUGCUGCCUCUUUAUUUAUUUGACCUAACUUGACUUUGUAUAAACCACUUGCGAUAUUGAUAUUAUAAAUUACACAACAGUUGAUGUUGUUGUUUCGAGCCCAACAUA